AUGGCCGUUGAUCACGUAUCCUGUGACCAUGCAGACGACGACUACAUCGACAUGGAAGUGAGCUCAUACUCUGCCUACCUCUGCCACUCCAUGAGCUCUCCUCCACACCCCAGAGAGUUUGAGUUUCAAAUGUCAUCCAUUUCCCUAGAGAGAGAGCCCCCUUCAACUUCCCCAGCUGAUGAGCUUUUCUACAAAGGAAAGCUCCUUCCCCUCCACCUUCCCCCUCGUUUACAAAUGGUUGAAAAACUACUGCAAAACUCCAGUUCUUACGACACUCGAAAAGAUAUGUUCGAAGAAUUCUAUAGCACUCCAUUGAUGAACACUGCUGCCCCAACGCCAACCACAACCAGCACUCCAUUUGAAUCCUGCAACAUCUCACCUUCUGAAUCUUGCCAGGUUAGCAGAGAACUGAACCCAGAAGAGUAUAUUUUGGAGUAUGCAACUGAAGUGAGUGGCUUUAUCCAUGAAAACCCGAAAAAGUCUUGGACCAAAAAGUUCAAGCAGUCAUUACUGGGGUCAAAGCUGAAGGCUUCCCGGGCUUACCUCAAGUCUCUGUUUGGAAAAUCUGGUUGCUCAGAUGAGAACAGUGCAGCAGCUGCUAAGAAUGCAGAUGGAGGAAUGGUUUUAAAGUCUGAGGAUUUAAGUAAAUAUGUGAAGGCGGCCAAGAAGAAUCCAUUUGGACAAAUUCACAAAGACAAAUGCCGGAUGUCUGCUUCCGGCACGAGGAGCUUCAACAAAGACAAGAUCAUUGAAGAUGGUGCUGGUAUUCACAGAAGAUCAUUCUCACUGGCCAUCAAACGGCAUUCGACAAAGAACUCAACGUCCUCUUCAUCAUCAUCUGGUUCUUCUUCAUCUUCAUUUUCAAAUCAUUCAAAUGGGACUCAGGAGCUGCAGUUUCUGAAAAGAUGCAACAGUGCAAGUUCAGAAAUUGAGAGUUCAAUUCAGGGGGCAAUUGCGCAUUGCAAGCAGUCUCAGCAACCACUUCGUUCAAGAAAGACUGUAAGCGAAGUUGGGUUUUACUCAACGUCAGCUUCCCGGAUAGCAGCUUGUGAGGACCAAGAGAGACCAGAUCUUUGCAGGGGCUGA